GCCACCUUAGGCCUAACGGGGGAUCGGCGCAAAACACGGCGAGCCGCAGUCACACAUUAUUAGCGUGGUUCGGCGCUGAGCUGGUCACCUGUGCGUCUGUCUGUCUGGUGGCACGUACGAAGAGCAUGCCGAGGGGGUAGUGUUUACUUCGUCGCUUAUUACGCCAAUGAUGCAACCGGGCUGCUGUAAUUUGUGAUUAUUAUCGGCGGCAAAUGGAUUAUAUUUACACCAAUUAAUUCUGCAAAAAAAUCAUUAUGGAUAAUUCUGAAAAACGUCAAAAGACUUGAGAAGUUUGAUUUUUCCAAUACAGAUUCGCGCCUGUGUUUAUUAAGUGCCAAAACGUUUGAAAAUCACACUGAAAGAAUUUUUCGGAAAAAGAAAAAAAUAUUUAAGUUUGGAAAAAGGAAAAAUGGUUACCAUCUGAUAAUCUUCAAAAAGCAACACUUUCCAAGCGAUAUGAGACAAGAAAUUCGCAAAAUAUUUAUUAAUUAAAAAUUGUUUGUUUCAAAAGAAAUAAAGAAAAAAACCAGCACUCUUUUUUGGAGAAUAUCAUCAUCAGCAUGGGAACGUAACCAUCAAGUGAUUGAUCACUUGUUGCAUCUGUGAUUUCAGCACAUAAUCGAAACUAUUUUUGUUUCCUGCACACAAAUGUCUUAAAUUUUGGAUUUUUACGAUGAUGCAACCGGAAGGGUACGGGCCCAUGCCCAUGGAUCUGCACAUACCCCAACAAGGAUACCAUCCGUACUACAGCAGAAAAGGGCAUGAAGACACUGGAGGUCCUCCUAUAGUGCAAACACGCAUCCUGGAGAUGAGGAAAGAGAAAUCUCGGGAUGCGGCCCGCUCCCGACGGGGGAAGGAGAACUACGAGUUCUACGAGUUGGCGAAGAUGCUUCCGCUUCCGGGUGCGAUCACGACCCAGCUGGACAAAGCCUCCAUCAUCAGACUCACCAUCAGCUUCCUCAAACUCCAGGAGUUCACAGUCCAUGGAGAUCCACCAUGGAGGAGGGACGGACCCUCACUCAAAAGUGCUAGUUUAAGGUCAAGAAAUAUGUCUUCUCUAGCCGCCGAUCUCUUCGAACAGCAUCAAGCUACCCACAUACUACAGUCACUUGACGGCUUUGCCUUCGCUUUAGGCGCAGAUGGUAGAUUUUUGUACAUUUCAGAAACUGUAUCUAUUUAUUUAGGAUUGUCACAGGUGGAGAUGACCGGAAGCAGCGUUUUCGACUAUAUCCACCAGCAAGACCAAUCGGAGUUGGCCGAUCUGAUCGGCAUCAACUUGUGUCCCUCUCCCUCAGCCAACUCUCCCCCAGCUUCCGUCGCAUCAGACGAUGGGUCUUCUUCGAACCCGGGUCCAUCGACGCCCACGGGUUUCGACCGACCUCCUCCUACAAUGACCUUGCCAAGUAAUAGUCCUGGACAAUGCCUACAGAGGUCGUUUUGCGUCAGAAUGAAGUCCACCCUUACGAAAAGGGGUUGCCAUUUCAAGUCAUCUGGCUACAGAGUGGUGCUGGUCCUGUCGCACCUGAGGCCACAGCUCAACUUCUCCGGCUCAUCCCGCAAGCAGGCGCCCAACAUCAUGGGCCUGGUGGGCCUGGCCAUCGCCCUCCCGCCCCCCUCCGUCAACGAACUGAGGCUGGAAUCCGACAUGUUCGUCACGAGGCUCACCUUCGACUUCCGGAUAUCUCACUGCGAACCCAGGGUUUCUGAGCUCUUGGAUUAUUCGGCGGAAGAGAUAACGGGGACCAGCAUGUACACACUCUGCCAUGCACAAGAUGUAGAAAAAGUCAGAAAGUGCCAUAUUGAUCUGAUACAGAAAGGACAAGUGAUGAGCGGUUACUACAGGCUGAUGAACAAGAAUGGAGGUUACACGUGGUUGCAAAGCUGUGCAACGGUUAUUUGUAAUACCAAAAACGCCGAAGAGGAAACCAUUAUCUGCGUCAACUAUGUUCUCAGCAAUGUUGAAUACGCCCAUUGCGUCAUGGACUUCAGCCAGUUGCCUUCGUCUAGGGAUCUAAGGAACGACGAUCCCAGCAGCUCAGAACGGGGCACGAGUCCAGACAAGGAGGGUCCUGGAAGAGAUAAUCCUGGUGGAGACAACGAGAGAGACAGGCGACAAACUCCGCGACCUGACAAACAUACGGAGACGAGCGACGAAGGUCCUGCCUACGAAGGUGUGCCUGACCUCGAUGGGAGUGGCAAUAAAAGGGAUCUGCAUCAUCGGUCUUCGCUGGAAAAACCGAGGAGUACCUCUCCAAAAUUAAGAGAUAUGGGCAUGAACUACUUCGAGUCAUCUAAUCGACCAGCCCCACCUGACCCAAUGGAUGGCCGCGAGUUGAGGCAACGAAAGAGAAAAACAAUAGACCCCUUACCAGGACUCUCAGACAGCAACAACGGUGACACCGUCAAAAGUCCAAGGCCAAACAGCAAUUCGUCCACCAGUCUGGAGGUCCUAUCAUUAGACAACGGCUCCGGGACGUAUAACAGCGAAUCGGAUUUGGUUGUUGAUGAUAUGUCUUCGUGCAAUCGUCCAGAAUCCGUGCGCACGUCGUCUCCCGAACGCAACGAUAAAGUCAGCAGACCUUGGACAAGAUCACCUGCAGGGUACGAUUCUUCUCCUGCGCCGCAGAAGUCAUCUCCGAUGUCUGUCCGAGAUCUGGAAGAUGUCAUGAAUCGGCAUUUACCACAACAGUCCAACGGCUCCAGCUCGCCAGACGGAUUAGCCACUCUUAAGUCGUACCCGGGAUCACCUGUUAACAGUCGAUGGACUUCGUCUGGAACGACCCCUGCGUUACCCGCAACCACUCUCUUGAGGCAAAUUUACGUCAGCCGCGAGUCAGUAAUCCGCUCAGCUGGUGCAAGACACGGCUGCUACGGUGAUUCACAAACUGGAGGAACGUUGCCCACUCCACCUGGUGGCCAGGGAUCGGAUUACGCUGACCUUAUGUUGCCAUCCUCCUCUGCCAAAUUGUCCACAGACACAGCUUACGGAAGUGGGACUUACCUGGACAAUUGCAACGCAAUGACUCCUCCCAGCUCAGUGUCACCACGGGACAAUUUCAACGAGGCAGCUGCGGUCGCUGCUGCCUCAGCCUUGCCUCACAUGAGGCAGUAUGUUACGGACCCUCUGCAGCAUUUGCCACUGAAACCGCAUCAAUUGUUCGUUCAUCCAAGCAACCUGGAGCAUCCAUAUGGACAUCAUCAACAAGCUCUGUCUCCAGAACAGCACCAAUCUCUGUACCAUCACCCAAGUAGCUUUCAUCUAUACCACCCUCCGCCAGGGGGUUCAAAGACUGCUCUACAUACCACAAACGGAACUUCAUGGUUUUGCCAACCCCAUUCGUAG